GUUACCAAUGAUAAAAAUUCAAGUACAAAAUAUCUCCAGAAUCAAAUUAGAACUAUGAUCUCAUAUUAUUUUUAAGUUUACCACUAGAUCAACGAAUAGAAAAUUUUCUUAUGAGUAGGACUUGUGUACCCUAUCAUUUUAAGUUUGUAUAGCAAUGCAACAAUCACCGUUCGAGAAUAUUUUCAAUAUAAUAGGUGGUUUGUCGGAAGGUAAUGAAAAACCCAUGAAACAUGGGUUCUAUAACGCAUUCGCCCUUUUUAUAUUAACGGUAUGUUGCGCUGCGGUUUACGUGCUUUUUCUCAUACUUGAGCCUUUCUUCAAGCCAUUAUUCUGGGCUCUGCUUGUUGGGUCUUUGCUUCAUCCAUUCAAGUACAAAAUUUCAAAGAAAUUGAAGUCAUGGUUUGAAGAUUUGGAGAAGUCGAACACGUCUGUGAUAUUCGGUUUAUUGGUAAUACCUGUGAAUGUGGUCAAUUUUGCUUCUGACACAGUUGGACAACAAUUCAGGGAGCAUUACAAGACUGUGAUAGCAUUGCUUAGUGCAAUAUUUGUGUUGCCAUGGAUGUACAACUCGGUGCCACGAGGGUUCGCCUGCCUCUUCUGGCAGCUGACCAGCUUCAUCAGUUUCUCCACUAUCCUGCUGAUUAAUGUUUGCACAUCAUACAUAACAUUGACAUUUGUUUUGGCAUACAUCAUCAGUGUAUACACAUUAUGGACUCCAGAAAGGGCCAAUAUAUUCCGGUUCACAUCUCAAAUCCUCUGGCUGGUUAUCACAAGUUUCCUAGCAAGCUUGACUGGAUCCAUCCAAGUAUACACCUUUGUAUUGUUACAAGCUAUUUGCAUAACUGGAUUUGCUUUAGAAGUUAAAGAUGUUCACAAGAAAAUGCAGUUACGAGAUCCCGAAGCUUCUUUCCUUAUAGCACUACACAGGGUGUUCACAAACAGUCACCACAUCAAUGAUGAUAAGAAUGAAGAAAAAGCUCCAGAAUUAGCACCAACUGAUGUCAGUGAACAAGAGUCGACCCCAGAAAAGGACACUCCAUCCCCAGUCACCCCAGAAACAGUUACCAAGAGAGGGAGUUGGACUGGCAAUGAACCCAUACAAAGCUCUCCGAGACACCCUAAAAUGCUUUACAAAACUCGCACCUUGUCAGCCCUGCCUCUCUCCAAUACUAAAAUGAAACCAGAAAGUAGAUUUUUCGUAUCGCUAAAACACCGAUCUCUCGAUGAAAAUUAUAUGAAAACUAACUUUGACAAUGACGAAGAGACAGCAUUAUACUUCAAAUUGUUAUUUUUCGGAUGCCUCUGUAUGUUGGUCUGGAAACAUAUUUGGUUGUUGCCUGUUAUGUUAUUCUUUCUGGCUAUUCACAUAAUUAAGAAGUUGUUGGAUUACUUUGGUGUAUGGUUGUUCUUUGAGAACCAAUACAACAAUGUUACUGGAAAAUUGAAGAGUUGGUGGAAUGAUAGGCAAUCGGCAUUAGUUCCAGCACACAUUCGCGGCAUCGGUAAGAUGAUAUCCAUUUUCAAUGCCCGUGCAAGGGAUGUGGCGUACAGUUCUGUUGAUACUGUCUCCACGUGCAUCGUCAUCGUUGGACUCAUACUGUUCGUCACGAUUGCUACUGUAUUUAUCUGUAUACAGAUAUACUCAGAAGCCAUAGUGGUGGUGCAACUGAGCGGCAGCCUGCUGAACAGCACGUACGUUCAGAACAGCGAGCUUCACGCCUAUCUACCGGAGGGAUGGGAGGAGAAGCUCGAGUCGCUCAUCGACAACGCGUACACUUACGGCAGAGAGGGCAUCUCUACCACGGUUAAAAGCGUACUUAAAGAAGGCGAUCCGGAGAAAGUCGCGCGGGUUGAGGAACAAAUACUAGAGAUAUGGGACCGCGUGUACCAGAGCUGGGUGUCUGGUCACUUCGCGGCCUCCAUCGGGCCGCAGGUCGACGGCACGGCCAUACAAGACUCGUGGGAUAACUUUGUGAACGACGUGUCCAGCACUCCAGGUUUGUUGGACUACUCAGGCAUCGUGGCGUGGGUCCAGGCGAACGUGGGCACCCUGAGCGCGAUCGCACAGAGCGUGUGGGUGCCGCUGGCGAGCAACGUGUCGCUGCUGGCGGGCUCGCUCGGCGCCUUCACGUCGGUGCUGCUCGGCGGCGGGAGCGCCAUCAUCAACAUGUUCAUUAACCUCGUGGUAUUUUUCACGACCCUGUUCUAUCUGCUGGCGUCAAGCAACGCCCUCUACAAGCCAGUGGAAGUGAUCACACAAGUACAACCCAACUUCGGACCGCGGCUUGGUAUAGCUCUCUCGGUGGCCAUCAAUCAGGUGUUCAGGGCUUCCUUCAAAAUGGCAUUGUUCUACGGAUUAUGGACGUGGCUCGUGCACAAUCUGUUUGGCGCUAAAGUGGUCUACUUACCAUCAGUACUCGCGGCAGUGCUAGGCGCCGCGCCAUUCCUCGGGCCGUACUUGGCCGGGAUCCCAGCGGCAUUAGACGUGUGGCUUCAAGGCAGACCCCUAGCUGCCCUGCUCCUACCGCUAGCCCAAGCAGCACCCAUCGCUUUUCUCGAUGCCGCGGUUUAUGCUGAGAUUAAAGACGGCGGUCAUCCUUACGUGACGGGUUUGGCUAUCGCCGGCGGUAUUUUCUACCUGGGUCCUGAAGGCGCGAUCCUCGGCCCUCUACUCCUGUGCUGCAUCAUGGUAGUCCUCAAUUUGUCCUCCACGUUCCUCAGGGACACGCCGUCCGAAGAGCGAGCCGCUUUGCACUCGCGCGUCAGGUCAUUAUUGGGACUGUUUUAAAUAAGACUCGGUGCUUAUCUGUGAUGGCUUGCAUGGAACUACUAAUAUUAUGACCCAAUCUAGUGUCAAUUUUAAAAGCAAUGUUCAAACAUCGUAGUACGUAAUAUUUUGACGGCGGAUAAUCUCAGUACAACUUGCUAAAAACGUUUUAGUUUGUGAAAAAAAACACUAACGAUUGCUUCUUAUGAACUAAUUUAAGUGUUUUAGGUAAUAAAACAUCUAGAUAUGCACUAGAUGGUUGAGCUUAGCUCGAUAUGAAUAAUUCCAUUAGUUGUUUGUGACGUAAAAUAAUCAAAAUGCAACUGCACUUUGCACAUUAUUAAAGAAAUUCAUAACGAUUAUUACUAAAUAGGAUUUUUUCCAAAGAAAAAAUUAUACGAAAUAGAGGCUAAUUUUGUAUGCUCUCUUAACAAUAAAUAUGUAAUUUUACUAAACUGUAUAAGAAGCUAUUAUUUUGUAGAUAUUUUUGUGUUUAACAAACAACCAUUUGUGCAAAAUAGAAGAUCUUCCAAUAUGAAUAUUCACCCUAAUUAUUAUGAAUUAAAAAAAUAAAUAUAUGAUUGAAAUGCUUUGUUCAAGUAACGCCUCGAAAACGAGAGUUACAAUGGCGCUUAGUCACAAAAAGUCAAGCUUUUUAAAAUAAUUGACAUUCGUCUUCUCACGGCUUGUGUGAAUGCUUUUUAGUAUCUGUCCGUGGAUUUCCAGUGAUAAAAUAAUUCGCUUCAUCUAACCAGAAAGUUGCAUAGAAUAAAUAACCGUAUUGCACGGUAUUAGGAAUUAUAAUGUAUUAAACGCUAUUUUAUUUAUCGAUAUUUAUUUUUUUGUGACAGUAAAAUUUUGUAAUUUAAUUCUAUGACUGAUCAAUGCUCGCUUCUAGUCUGUUUAUGUUAUUUAUUAUUUUUUCUUGUAACGCGAUAAAAUUUUAGGAUCUGCAACCAUGGGUCUCUACGAAAUUUGAUGUGAUUAGUUGUAAAAAAUGGUGCUUAUUUGAUGUUAAUCGCUGUAAGGUACGUUGCGAGGUUACGGCCUUAUUGAUUAUUUAGUUAUUGUGUUGUGUAAAACAACUUAUUUGUGUAGUCAUAGUUAAGUUGUUAACAUUUUAACAUUGCAAAUAAGCUGAAAUUAAAAAUGAAGUAUUACAACAUGGAUCUAAAAUUUAAAUUAGAAUUAACAGGCUGAGCUAUGUUUACACAAGUUCUAAAUAAACUUGAUAUGUUUGUAACAAAAUGAUACAGCUCACAAGCUACCCCUUAGUUGCAUUGUCGUAAUGAUAGCUAUUUAUAAAACUAAUGGACGUUCUGAAAAAGGGUAGAUAUUUAAAUCGACUGUCGCGGUCAGUUACUUCAUUCUAAAUAAGCGCUUUAUUUGAGAUAAAAUUCAAUCCCCCCGUGACCACGAAGGCUGCAAAAACUUCGAAACGUAAAACUAAAAUAUUAAAACCGCGAUAAAAUCAGAAAAAUAGUUUAAUUUUAAGAGAUAAAUUGUUAAAAUAAAUAUCCGAUUACUAAAUUAUCGUUUAAUAAGAAUGAAGUAAUUGGCCUAUUUAUUUUUAUUUAUAUUUUCAUAGAAAAGUGUACGAUUCAUGGUCAUGGUAGUGUUCAUCAUGACCUAAUACACUUUUGAUUGCAACAUUAUGUUGUAAUACAAUAUAAUUAUCAAGUACUAUCAGUAAUUUACAGGCAAAUUGCAAAAAUACCUAAACAUUAUGAAUUUUUAUAAUCUUAAAAAUAUGUAACACAAGUAUAUACGAUUAAAACAAAUAACAUAAUCAUAAAAUAUAGAAAUUGGUAAUAAUGAAAAAUCUGCAAAGCCCUUACCAGUUUAUAAAGAGUCGUCCAAAGAUUAAUUUAGAUUUAUUAUUGUAUGAUAUUGUAUUGCAGGUAUUUAUAAUUAGUUCGUAAUAAACGCACGCAUAUUCGCAUUAUUAAAUAAAUCAAUUCAUUUGCAA